AUGGCUCCUUUUGUGCGGCUCUCGGCGCUGUCCGUCUCAGAGGGGUUUGCCCUUUGGAAACAGGAUGACAGCUCAACAGAGAGAGAGAGAAAAGAAUCUAUAUUGUCACUUUCCCACCCACCCCCGUCCCCAAAUUACAGGCUCAUAGCCUUGCUGUUAGGUCACAAAGCCCUAAAAGCUUUGCUGAGGUCGUUGGUGGAUCUUCAGGACGAGCUGCUCUGCCAGUAUUCAGGCACGAGACAUCUGGUCGGUGGUGGACAAUCUGUGGAAGAAGAGAGCGCCGAAGAGAUCCCAAGUGGGAGCGACAACGGAGACGAAGGAGGGAGCAUGAAGAGAAGGAGGCUGCCAAAACAACCGGCCAAGCGGAAGCUCACGAUGGACGAAUACCCCGAGUUUGUGACCAAGCGGUUUGCCGACUUCCGGCCCUAUAGGAACAGCACCUUGCAGAAGUGGCACGACAAGACGAAGCUGGCCUCCGGAAAACUGGGAAAGGGUUUCAGCGCCUUUGAGCGUUCAGUCUUGACUCAGAUUGAUCAUAUUCUGACGGACAGAGAGAGAUUGCUCCGGCGGACGCGGACCAAGCGCUCGGCGUACAGGGUUCUGGGGAAGACGUCACGGGAGCCCGAGACACUUCCAGAAGCUGUCCCAGGACAUACGGUAAGGGAUUUCCCCACGCUCAGCCAGAGAGGGUGA